AUGCCCCCGCUCAUCUUCACCGGGCUCUUUGUGACUCUCUGGUGCUGGAAGUGCACGAUGCUGGUUCUCUUCCAGAAUGCCAUCAUCUACAACCCCUUCAUACCUCCCAAUGCGAGGAGCAUGCGCAUCUCCGACUUUGCUCGCCACUGUGGGGGCAUCCAGUGGCGCGAGGAGCGCAUCCGGUCCCUGGACGGGACGAGCAUCGCCCUGUGCAUAAAUGAGAUGGCAUCCCUGGAAGCCAACGACCCAGGCGGCGCCAAGGCAAAACCUCCUGUUUACAUUCUCUACUUCCAAGGCAAUGCUUCUUCGCUUCCGCCACGACUACCCGAUAUCUCGUGGGUUCUUCGCCGGCUGAGAGACGGCGAUCAACACAUGGACUGCACGACGAUAUGCCUCAGCUAUCGCGGAUACUGGACAUCCCACGAUCGUCCCUCGGAGCGUGGCAUCAACAUGGAUGCCCAAGCCGCAUUGCAGUGGAUAUCCCAGCGGCAUCGAGACAGGGCCGCGGGCAAUCAACUCUUGAAGCCCGUGGUCGUGCUAUGGGGCCAGAGCAUCGGCUGUGGCUUUGCAACGAACCUGGCGGCGAUGCCCCGAGCAGACUCUGACUUGAGCAUCGACGCGAUGAUACUGGAAACACCAUUCACAAACACCCGCGCCAUGUUGGCGGCGCUGUAUCCCCAACGAUGGCUCCCUUACCGACACCUGUGGCCCUUUCUCCGCAACCACCUCGAUAGCUGGAAAAACCUGGGCGUGAUAGCUGGUAUGCAGCAAGUUCGUCCGCCACAAGUCUGCAUCGUGGAGGCGGCAAAGGACGAGUUGGUGCCGCGGGAACACGGCGCGAUGCUCCAGCGACGUUGCCAGGAUCUCGGGCUCAUCGCGGAGCGCGUCACGAUACGCGGAGCCCUGCACAACGAUGUCACGGGGCGCACGGCGGGCAAGCAGGCGAUCGCGCAAGCCAUUGGCACGGCUGUGGAAAGGGCCAGCGGACUGUCCGCACCGCCGAAAGCAACCGCGAAAUAG